CCGUCCGUUGCGUGGUCAACGGCACCAAAACAGUAGCGGUGAAUGUGGUUAUAGUGCCUGCUUUCAUCCUCCGCUCUGGGACAUGGACAGUUUUCUACCACAAGCAAACCAAGAAGAAACCUGGAAGCUUUUCUGAUAAUGACUCGGUGUUUAAGCUGUAUCAGGUUUUUAUUUUUAUUUCAUUUUUCCUCAGCUCACGUUAUUUAUUCUGUGGUGCAAAAACAGCUCGCUACAGGGUUAAAGUGAAAGUGCGUGAGAUUUAAAUAUCAGGAUGAUGAUGAUGAUGAUGAUGAGCUGCUUAAAGGAGUAACAGACAUAAAUAACAGGGAGCGGUCAGCUUGGGCACUGUUACCAAAACUAAUCGUGCCUUGGCGUCAUUUAUGGAAAACACAAUCCAGAUUUAUUAAUAGUUUAUCUUCUAACUUGUCAGUUGCUUGUCAGUCAGAUGUAACAACAACGCUAUGAUUAGGAGCUGGAUGCAUAUCGGCUUGGAGCUUCACUGGCAUGUUUAGGUAGGGUUGCCAGAUUGAACAAAUGAGGGUUUUUUCUUUUUUUAAGCUCUUGCAAAUAAUACUAAAAUUGCAUAAAUAAUUAGAUCGAGUUGUAUGUUUGAGUCAAGCAUAUUGUGUAGACUCUAGAGUAAUAAUAUUUCCAAAAAAUAUAAAUAAAUAAUAAUGCGUAAAUGAGAUCAACUUGGCAACAAUGAUGAUGGUGAUGGUGAUGAUGAUGAUGAUGGUGAGAUAGAUACAUAUUAUUUUGGUAUUUAUCUAAAUGCAAUGCGCCAAGUUUAGUGUGUUUAUUUAGCUAGAUCUGAUAGAUGAGUGUUUAACAGGUUUAUGGGCCAGCUGAGGCAUUAUGAGUGAUCACUAUGAGAAGCCCAAAGUGCUUGAGCAGGUGGAGGCGCGCGCUGAGGAGGCUACCGGCCACGUGCAGGUGUGUUCACCAGCAUCCGCGCCUCCUGCUCCAGACACCACUGUCACAUCCGAAAAAAGCUGGAGUAAAGUUAAGAGCAAACCAGGAACCGGGCUCGUGAAGCGAAGCUCGGAUCUGAUCGGGAGCAAGCCGCGCGCAUGCGCUUCCGGCCCGGCAAAGGGCGCGCGCCGGUGGCACGCGCUUCCCGUCAAAGGCUCGGGGAGGAACGGACCCGCUGUGGAGGAGGAGGAGGAGGACACGGUCAAAGCCGUGAGAAAGCCGAGAUCCGUCACUGUGGACACGUCCAAAGCCAAGACAUCUCUGGAGGCGCUCAAGCUCAGCAUCAGACAGCUCAAAUGGAAAGAGUUUCCAGUGGGCAGACGGACAGCAUGUGAUAUUUACUGGCAUGGCGUCUCCUUUCAUGAUAAUGAGAAUAUUGUUUCAGGGCAGGUCAACAAGUUCCCAGGAAUGAUAGAGAUGUUGCGCAAGAUCAACUUAAGUCGUGCGGUACGCACCAUGCAGCAGCUUUUCCCGGAGGAGUACAACUUCUACCCUCGCUCAUGGAUCCUGCCUGAGGAGUAUCAGCUCUUCUCCACUCAGGUUCGUCUGUUGAAGGACAGUGACUCCAGCCUGAAACCCACAUUCAUUGUCAAACCCGACUCUGGCUCCCAAGGCGAUGGCAUCUACCUCAUUCGUGACCCUGCUGACCUCCGGGCCAUCUCAGGAUCACAAGUCAAGCAGGCGGUGGUUCAAGAGUACAUUCAGAAACCACUUCUCAUCGACAAGCUCAAGUUUGACAUUCGCCUUUAUGUUCUUGUUCGUUCUCUGGAUCCUUUAGAAAUCUACAUUGCCAAAGAAGGCCUUUCCAGAUUUUGCACCGAACCCUACCAGGAACCGAGCCAGAAAAACCUCAAUCAUGUGUUCAUGCAUUUAACGAACUACUCGCUGAACAUUCACAGUGGGAAUUUUGUGCACUCCGACAGCUGCAACACGGGAAGCAAGCGCACAUUUUCCAGUGUCCUUUAUCGUCUUGCCUCCAAAGGAGUGGACAUUAAGAAGGUUUGGUCAGAUAUCAUAGCACUGGUUAUCAAGACAGUUAUUGCACUUGUUCCUGAAUUGAAGGUCUAUUACCAAGCUGAUAUACCACCAGGCAAACCAGGACCUACUUGUUUCCAGAUCCUGGGCUUUGACAUCCUGUUGAUGAAAAACUUGAAGCCUGUUCUGCUGGAGGUCAACGCCAAUCCAAGCAUGAGGAUUGAACAUGAACAGGAGGUGUCACCUGGUGUUUUUGAGUAUGUACCUAGUCCAGUAGACGAGGAAGUCAAAGUAGGUGUCAUUAGAGAUACACUGCGCCUUAUGGAUCCGGCCCAGAGGAAGCCACCCACCAGAUCAAACCUCCUGGGCAAAACUCCAGACAAAGCCAUCAUUGUAGAAGCCGGAUCAGAUGAGAAGGCAGAGCUCGUCGAGUCACUUCCGUCUCUGUGUUUAAAACAAGUCUUCCCCAAGUACAUGAAGCAGUUCAACUAUCUGCGAAUAUUAGAGCGAAUUGCUGACAUUUUCUUGCGCUUCCUCGGGGUCAAAGGAACCAUGAAACUCGGCCCGACCAGCUUCCGCACUUUCAUCAGGAAUUGCAAGCUGAGUAACAGCAGUUUCACCAUGGCGUCAGUGGACAUCCUCUACAUUGACAUCACCCGCCGCUGGGCUGGUGCGCUCUCUGACUCCAGAGAGGCUGGAAUGGGACUGCAGGCAUUCGUGGAGGCAUUUUUCUUCUUGGCCUCACGCAGGUUUAAGGCGACACCGCUGAGGGAACAAGUGCUCUCGCUGCUGGAGCUGUGCGAAGCCGCGCUCGAGGGGGAGGGACACGAUGACAAACCACGCCCCUUGAAAUCUCACCCCAGUCUCAAUUCUACUCACGUUCCAAGCGUGCUCAACUCCCCCACUGCCACUCGCCGUCUUCAGACCCUGCAGCCUUCUGGGAAAGGAAACGUGGAGACCUGGGAGGCUGAACCACGCACCACUUCUUAAAACAGGAAGCAAUAAUAGAGGAAAAGAACAGAGGGGUCACGCUGUCUCACCUGAAGAACUUUGUAGAAGAGGUUUCAUUAACAUUUUAUGCAUGGCAUCAUAUAAAAGUCACGUGAUUUGGAAGCAAAAUAAAAUAUAUGAUGUAAAAAUCAUAUAACUGAUUUUUAUAUAUCAGGUAACUAUUCGCUGCAUCUGGGAUUGCUUUAGGAGAUUAUGCCCAUGAAGUAUUUUACAUACAUGUGAUAAAAUCACAUUUACGAUUUUCAUAUAUGAGUAUCUUGUUGUCUAUGUGUGUGUAUGUAUUUUACACAUACACACCGACAACAAGAGACAAUUCAUACUUAUUUGUUGUGUGCUUUUUUUUUUUUAGGGAUUUAGGGUACUUCCAGAUUGUCACUUGUGUGUAUUCUGAGACUGAAAUUGCUACUGUAUUGCUAAAACACGGUUUGUUGAAGCUGAAAGAAGGAGAAGUGCGUAUCCCUUUAUCACAGUAUCAGGGACGAGCAGACUCUACACGCUUAAAUCUUUAAAGGGAAUUGUACCACUGACUUUUCACUUCUGACAAGCAGCUAACUACGACACGGCCGACAACUAAUCCAAAACAGCGGCCUUAUAAUGAAAUAAUGGUGUUAACACCAUAUUAUGGCACUGAGUGCACUAAACGUUUACUUCAACUACUGUAUUUAUAUUCACAGAGUAUUUUAUUUAAUAUUAUUUUCAUGUAACAGAGUGCUUCACUGUAGUAUAAUUGAGUCUGUUACAUGUAAUAAUUAUAUAUAAUUAUAUAAUAUUUGAAUCAAUAUUAGACAAUUCACACAUCUAGUGUGUUUAAGACCUUUAUUUAAUAUUGCACUUAUCUAUUUAGCUGUAAUGAUCUCAUUCAUCUCUCGUUUGGAUGGUCAUGUUGAAUAAAGCUUGAAUGAAA